AACGAAAUUAUUCAAUGAUUUGGCAAGUUGGAGUACAAGAAAGUGCUAUCACUUUCUUUUUAUCGAAAGUAAACAAUAAACUAUUUAUAAUUAAGUUAUUAACGUACUUUUAUACGAUUUAACUAUCAACCAAUGUGCCUAGAACGGUAAAAGACUUCAAGAAAAAGGAGAACGCGAAAAACGUUCGCACAAUGUCGAACGCGUCGGUGAGCAUAAAGUUCAGGGCGGGACUGACGCCUUCGGACCCUGAACAGCAGCCGGUACUGAUCGUGGGGCAGGCGGCUCAUCUCAGCGCCCUCAACUGGGACGAUGUGCGCUGUAAGCUGGAGCCUAGAGUUAGUGAAGAGGCCUGGCGGCGUGGUCUGCAAUGCGUGACGUCAUCGCCUGGAGACUCGUGCGAGCUGUGGCCGCGCGCGGUGUCCCUGGCGUCGCUACCGGCUCGACGCUCCCGCCACGCUGCCCCCGCCAGGAACCAUGCUCUGGCCAAAAUCGUGCGGUCUACUCAACGGUCUACUGAUGAGACCAUUGUGUUGGUGUGCCGCAAGCGCGACGUGCUGCCGAGCGCGGUGAGUAUCGCGCGCUGCUACCCGCAGUUCCAGGCGCGCUCGGCCGCCGGCCCGCUCGCCGCCGCGCCCGCGCCGCCCAGCGCGCGCGCCGUCGCCGUCGAAAUACAUCUGCUUAAGGAGGAUAAACCCGACGGGGAAUCAGAGGACGAGGGUAUCGGUACGUUGGACCCCGCGCUGUGUGACAGUACGCUGUCUGCGGAGGAGGUCCAGACCCUGCAGGAUGCAGCCGACGCCACCAGGCUGGCCGCCAGGAUCACGGAUACUCCGACCAAUAUCAUGAAUGUUGAUAAGUUUAUUGAGGAAGCCUUCAAAGUAGCAAAAGAACUAGACAUCCUCGAACCAACAGUGAUUCGGGGAGAGGAACUAAAGGCUCGCGGGAUGGGGGGCAUCUACGGAGUGGGGAGGGCGGCGGACUGCCCACCGGCACUCGUGACGCUGUCGUACCAUGCCCCGGGCGCCGCCGACAGCGUGGCCUGGGUCGGCAAGGGCAUCGUCUACGACACCGGCGGCCUCAGUAUUAAGGCAAGGACUUCAAUGGUAGGUAUGAAAGGCGACUGCGGCGGUGCGGCGGCGGUACUGGCGGCGUUUGCUCUGGCUGUCAAGUCCAAGCCGACCGUCAACCUACACGCCGUGCUGUGUCUCGCUGAGAACUCUGUCGGCCCACUUGCUACUAGACCGGACGACAUCCACACUCUGUACUCGGGACGCACCGUAGAGAUCAACAAUACGGACGCUGAAGGUCGUCUGGUCCUCAGCGACGGUGUGGUGUAUGCCUCCCGCAAUCUGAAGGCGGACACCAUUGUGGACAUCGCCACUCUCACUGGAGCACAGGGUACGGCGACGGGCAAGUACCACGCGGCGAUCCUGUCGAACAGCGCGCGGCUGGAGGCGCUGGCCGUGGGCGCGGGGCUCCGCUCCGGGGACCUCACGCACCCGCUGCCCUUCGCGCCAGAGCUGCACUUCACUGAGUUCACCAGCUGCGUCGCCGAUAUGAAGAAUAGUGUUGCUGACCGUAACAACGCCCAGCCAUCGUGCGCGGGUUUGUUCAUUCUGUCGCACCUGGGCUUCGACUUCCCCGGCAACUGGCUGCACAUCGACAUGGCGGCGCCUGCGCACUGCGGCGAGCGUGCGACGGGUUACGGCGUGUCCCUGCUGUGCGUCCUGUUCGGGGCCCACACGCGGGCCGCGCUACUGCGGGCACUCGCGCCCGGGCCCGCGCUCUGAUACUGCACUGAUGGAAAUCAACACCCGAAAACGCAGUUAACAAGAGAUAACAUUAAAUUCAGCAUUUAGACUACAGAACCAGAGAAAAAAUCAAACUUUAAUGACUUUAAAAAUACCAAUUACAUUAAUUUGUAUAAUGGUCUAGUAUCAUCCGAUGUAAGGCAAUAGACAAUAUUGCUCCUAUAUGUCACCUACCUCAUUGGUAUGGAAAAAGUUAGAAUAUAACCAUAAACGCAAAAAAAAAACUAUUAUUUCCCCCUUAUUCAAAUGUCAAACUCAAAUGAAACAUAGACAACAAGCAUAGAUAAAUAUCAAAGAAAAAUAGACUUUUUUCAUAUAUUUUUUUUUAGCUUGAGUAAGAUCUUUUUUUUGUAUUUGUUAGUGUAAGUAAAAGAGGUAGGUUUAAAAGCAACUGUUGUCUCUAAGGAAUAAUUAUGAAUCUUAAAAUAAUGAUUAUUAUGGCUAUCAAUUAGUUAAUGCGGUUUUUAAAUGAUUUUUUUAUAUAUUUGUAUUUUAAUUAUAAGAUUAUUGUAAGCAUAGAUAUGGUUAAAGCAUUGACUGCCGAAAGAAAGUCAAAGUCAAAAUUAUUUAUUUCAAAUAGACCGGGAAGGCACUUUGAAUUUGGUUGCUAUUACUAAAAAUCUUGAAUUACAUAUUAUGAAAA